AGACUGUUGACGGAUCCUAUAAAUACCACGUCUUCUUCAUAACUAAGAAUUAGGGUUCAUAAAAUCACUAUCAGUAGAACUCUUCUGCUUCUACACCUAGACGAACUCUGAAAAUACGCAUCACAAACAUUCUCUGAAGUUCAAAAUACUCGGAAAUCGCACGCAUACGGUUUCGCAUUCAAAGUUCGAAGAACAUUCACGAAUCUGCAUGAAUGCAUUCACAUCUCUUUGAGAAGAAUUCGAAGAAAGCAUGGAUUUGUUUUGCGGUAACAGUAACGAUUCGCAAGCUUCCAAAGUCCAGUCCUUGGAUGUUUCACCAAUCAACUCUCAAAACUUCAUCGGCCGUGGCCGUUUUUAUCCUGGACCAAAAACUCGGAUCCUCGACCCUUACACGUCUUCAGAUAGUUCUGGUAGUUCUUCCAAUAGAGUACUCUCUCCGCUAGCCCGGUACCUUCAUUCCAGCUCGCCGGUGUCGUUUGCCAGCGAUUCGCCGGAGCGUCGUUCUCUAGUAAAUACUAGCAGCGGAAGCAGAAGCGGUUCCGGCAGCGGCGGCGUUUUCCGUUCGCCUCUAGCUUCGAUUGAGAAUAUCGAGAUUCUGCCGGCGUUCAGGACUCCGGUGAAAGUCGAAGAGGAUGUGGUAGUCAUGGACGGCAUUCUCGUUGAGCCGAAACAUGGCGCAAGAGCUAAAUCUUCGCCGUCAACGUCAGAUUCCGGUGGAAGGUGGUCGUCGUCAACAUCAGGAAGUGAAAAUAGCUCUCACAUGUCGGAAGUUUGUCGGUGGUGGGGGGAUACCGGCACGUGCCGCUUUGGUUCCAAAUGCCGGUUUGUGCACGGAAAAGAAGAUUUACGCCCAACUGCUUUCGCCACCUGGAAUCAUUCUGAGGCACCGAGCAGCAGGUCAUACAGUUCAGGAUCAUGUGCAUAUGGACCGAGGGGCCGAUCUGCUCAUCACCAGGUCCACUCAGCCGCGUCUUCAACAGAAUCAGCAGCAAUGGCCACGCCUACUGCUGUCAAAAAAAUUGUGUCAACUAAAGACAAAGAGCCCCCAAGCAGCGACAGUAGCCCCAGUUCCACCACCUCCACAAUUGGUAUCUCUGGCACUGACUGGUCUCCCUUGGAUGAUAAUAUCGAAGUUUCUUUGCCUUCUGGUGAAAAAUGUCCUUCUAGGGAAGAUGUUGAUGCUCAUAUACAGACUGUUCUCUAUGGUCUUUCUGGAAGGAAGAGAUUGCCAGUAUGUGUUGAAUUUUCUGAGGAGUAGCUGUGCCAUAUUCCCAAGUCUCCCUUCUUGCCAUCAACUACCAAUAAGGUAAUCAAGAGCUGUUAGUUACUUCCUUCAAAUUUCAAAAGGAUUGUAACUGCUUUUGUUGCGUUGCAGAUUUGACAACUUCUGGAGUAGUACUAUCAUAACAAAGACUAUUGUCAAAUAAUAUCUAGGAUAUGAAUGGACAAUUGGACAUGGAUCAUACAACAUUGAAUUGCUUAGUGUUUUUGGCUGAUACAGAAUAAAACUGGAAACAUACUAAUAGCUGAUAUGAAGUGCAGGGUUGCAGGGGUCUUGCCCCAAAUGAUCUCAGUUUACCAAAAUCAAGAUGUUCGAUAUUCUUUUUUGUAAAUUUGCUUCCUGAAUGUUGAGCUUUUGUAUAAAAAAUCAACAUAACAUCACCUACAUAUCGCAGCGGAUAGUCCCUGAAUACUCUGAGAACUGUUUGCUUAAGGCAAUUAGGUUCAACUUUACCAAUCAAUCAAAGUGAGAGGUACUAAAUUUGCCUUGA